AUGCCAUUGAAUAAUGGCAACAAUAAAGGUCAGACAAUAAAACCAAAUGGUUUUGACGCUAUAAAUAUUUUCUACUAUAUAUUAGGUGUGAUGGCUGCUUCUAAUAAUCUUCAUAAAAGAGUUAAUCAAGUUCGUGAUCGUAUUAAUCCAAUGUCAAAUGUCAUAAACUAUCCAUCGAAUAAUUUAAUUCCUUAUCCUAAACAAGAUAAUUAUGCAAUACCAUCUCAAGAAGAAACACAACCAGAAACUGUUUUUAUCAAUAUGAAUAUUGAUCCAGAAGAAGAUUUAGAAACAAAAUAUGUCUAUUUAUUUAUAGAUACAAAACCAUAUGUAAAUCUAUGA